AUGGAGGCCAUUUUGACACUGGAACAAGACGUCGUGAAGCUCAACGCCACUUAUGACGCCAUUGAUGCCACUUUCGACGCCAUUGAUGCCACCUAUGACGCCCUUGGCCCGCGUCUCGACACUUGGGACAAGCGCCUCGCACAGCUCGAAGCCUCGAUCUUCAAGCGCAAGCGCGACCGCGAGCUGGACGAGCUCGGGGCCUUCAUCGCCAAGUACGCCAACUUUUGCGCGCGCAAACUCUGCGGUGACGUGCACACGAACACCAGCACGGAUGACGACACCGACGAUGUGGACCCGUCGCUGGUCGCCAUCAGCGGGCG